AUGCGCGCGCGCGAGGGACACGACGUCGUCGAGUUCGUGAUCGUCCGGCACGGGCAGACGACGUGGAACGCGUCCGGGACGAUCCAAGGCCAGGCGGACGCGCCGCUGGACGAGCUCGGGAUCGCGCAAGCGCGCGUCACCGCGGCUGAGAUCGCGCGCGGGGUGCGUUGGGGGCACGUCGACUCGGUCGACUCGUCCGACCUAAGGCGCGCGGCGGACACCGCGUCCGUCAUCGCCGCGUCGUCGUCGUCGGCGUCGUCGUCGUCGUCGGCCGUGCGCGCGCACGCGGCGCUCAGGGAGCGGCACGCGGGGUCGCUGCAGGGGAUUCGCCGAGCGGAUGCGCCGGCGCGGGACCCGAAGGCGUGGAAAGCGCUGCGAGGCGGCGACGACGCGACGCGCGUCCCGGGCGGCGGCGAGUCCUACGACGACGUCUUGGACCGCGUCGUGCCGUGGUUCGAGGACGAGGCGAGGGCGCGCGCGAGGGCGAGGGCGGCGGCGGCGGGGGAAGGAGGAGGACGCGGCGGAGGGAGGGGCGUCGUCGUGACGCACGGCGGGGUGAUUCACGUCCUAUCGGACCGAUGCGAGGCGGACGACGAAUGGUUCGACGACGACGACGAUCGCGACGACGUGCGACGCGGACGCGGGCGCGUCGUCGUCAAGAACUGCGCCGUCGGCGUGCUUCGACUGCACGUCCCCAGAGAGGACGACGCCGCCGGCGAGCGACGCGUGCGAUGGCGGAUAGGUGAGACGUGGGGGGACGCCUCGCACCUGGAGGAGGGAGGACUGCGGAGCAGCGCGUGGGGAGGAGGCGCGGCCGGCGUGUGA